AUGUCGCCGCAAUAUUUGGUCGUGGCUUUUCCGUUUGUUCUGUCAGCCUUGACAGAUCUUGCUUUUGAUUUUGCUCAAGCUUCGGAGGAUCACAGUCUCUACAGUAUGGGCAGCAGUGAGAUGGAUAAAGCUCCAAAAGAGAAGGAGUCAAAAACGCCACCACCUACGUCACAGGAGCAAUCUUCGACCACAGCUACUGGAACAGUUAAUCCUGAUUGGCCGGGAUUUCAGGCUUAUUCUCCUAUACCUCCACAUGGUUUCUUGGCAUCAAGUCCCCAGGCUCACCCUUAUAUGUGGGGUGUCCAGCAAUUUAUGCCUCCCUAUGGUACUCCACCACAUCCAUAUGUUGCAAUGUAUCCCCCUGGUGGCAUUUAUGCUCAUCCAUCCAUGCCUCCGGGAUCUUAUCCUUUUAGCCCUUUUGCUAUGCCUUCUCCAAAUGGCAUUGCUGAGGCUUCAGGAAACACUCCUGGCAGCAUGGAAGCCGAUGGUAAGCCUCCUGAAGUGAAGGAAAAAUUGCCAAUUAAAAGAUCAAAAGGAAGUUUGGGUAGUUUGAAUAUGAUCACAGGAAAAAGUAAUGAACAUGGUAAAACACCAGGGACAUCUGCUAAUGGAAUUCAUUCAAAGAGAGCCCAGCAUCAUCCUGUUGAGUAUUGGCUUGCCAUUUGCAAUUGCAUAUGGGCGACUUAUGCUGAUAAGAAAUCUUUGAUUUGUAGCGGUGAUAGUGCAAGUGAAGGUGAAGGUACCAGUGAAGGAAGUGAUGCAAAUUCCCAAAACGACUCUCAAUUGAAAUCAGGGGGCAGGCAGGAUUCUUUUGAAGAUGAACCAUCUCAAAAUGGCAGUUCAGCGUAUACUCCUCAAAAUGGGGGCCUAAAUACACCUCACACGGUUGUCAAUCAAACUAUGCCUAUCAUACCUAUCUCUGCAGGUGGUGCUCCUGGUCCCACAACAAACUUAAAUAUAGGAAUGGAUUAUUGGGGUACACCAGCUUCGUCCAACAUUCCUGCACUUGCUAGAAAAGUUCCAUCUACUGCUGCAGUUGCUGGAUCACGGGAUAGUGUUCAGUCACAACUCUGGCUACAGGAUGAAAGAGAGCUUAAAAGGCAAAGGCGGAAGCAGUCUAACAGGGAAUCUGCUCGCAGAUCCAGGUUGCGUAAGCAGGCUGAGUGUGACGAGUUAGCUCAGCGUGCCGAGGCUUUGAAAAAAGAAAAUGCUUCUCUCCGGUCAGAAGUAAGUAGAAUCAGGAGUGAGUAUGAGCAGUUACUCUCCGAGAACACUGCUCUCAAGGAAAGACUUGGGGAACUACCUGCGAACGAUGAUCAUCAUAGGUCUGGCAGGAACAAUCAGCAUGUGGGCAAUGACGCCCAACAGAGUGGGCAGACAGAGGCUGUGCCAAGUGAUCAGUAG